AUGAGCGAGGCAACGCAACAAGAAACUCAAAGGGUUGAGCUCAGUUUCAGUUAUACGCUUGAGCUAUGGAUGUACGGUAUCGCGUUCUGUGUGGGACUUCCAGCUUUCAUUUUCACAGUGGUCCGAUUGGCAAGAUCUCGAUCUUCCCGACAGCACCUCGUACUCGCCGCUCGACUCUUCUCGUACAAAAUCAGCUUAUCAGUUGCUGAUUGCAUCGUAUUGUUCAUUUAUGCACCGACUCAGUUUGCUUGGAUCCAUUCGUACUGGUGGUUUGGUGGUGACAUUGGCUGCCGAUUAUUCAAGUUUAUCUCAACAUUUGGAUUUCACUUAACUGCUAAUAUGCAAGUUUUAGUAGCUGCUGAUCGAUUGUUGAUCACUGCCAAGAUGAAUAGGGUUACGCGAAACAUCAAAAAACGUCAAUACAACACUAGAUUAUCAUUGGCGGCUGCAUGGAUUUUGGCUCUUAUUUGUGCCGGACCACAGCUCAUCCUGUUCAGACAGAAAACCACACCACAAGGAUUUCCACAAUGCAUUUCGAUUUGGACCGAACACCGAGUUGAUUUCUACGACCGGCUGGAACUAUUGGAGCAGUACAAGUUCAUUCAGCAGGAGCUGGAAAACAAAUCGUCAUUCUAUUUCUACGCAAAUGGAACAUUGAAGUACGCCGAAGAAGACUUCCCAUCGGAGCCGGGAUUCACACUCGAAGAGCUACACACUAACAACCGAAAUUGGCUUUAUCUAGAAAGACUCUACAAUGUUCUCCAUCUAGCAACAAUUUGUGUAAUGCCAUAUGCACUGGAAUUAAUAUGCUACACUUUGAUUUUGUAUAUUCUGAAGGGUGCAUCCAAAGGGAGAUUUGUUAGUCUGUCUGAUAUAGUUAAGGAUAUAUUCUGUUGUUGCAAAAGUGCAAGACAGCGUGAUUCACCAAUCGAGUCGAAUGUCACUCAGGAAUCAGACAAUCUCAUGGUUCGGGUUCCAUCUUGGACAAAAAGACUGCAAAAUAUAGCACCGGAAGGUAAAAGCUGCGACAUGGAGCGAAGAAGAGCGGCAUCUGUGGAUGUUCCAUCCAGAAUGAAAAACUCAUCAAGCCUUACAGUAUGCCUUGAUGAAAAUGGAUCCGCUACAGGUGAAAAUGCCACCAUCAAGCAGACAUUGUACUUCUUAUUUCCAGCGGCCAAAAGACCAGAAAUUUUAGCAGCAGCUCCUGCUCUACCAGCAGAAACAGAACCGGAGGGAUGUCUUCGACGAUUCUGGAAUCUCCUGUUGGAUCUAUUCCACAACGGAUCAGAAGGUUCUGUUCAUUUCCAAGGACAUAGAACAGAGUUGCGAUUGCCAAAACUGACAAAGGGAGAAGUUCGUCGACAAAGUGCUCCGGCGAGUUCUCGAUCCAACACCAUGUGGGUGGUUACUGUAGAUACAGCUCGGAGGAAUGCAAGGUGGAAGGCGUUCAUUAUGCUUUCCUUGAAUCUCGUCUUCUGGGCUCCAUACUGCAUUCUAGCCAUCACAUCGUCGGUGAUCAUUUCGCAAUACCUGACCAACUUCCAAUUCGUGAAUGCUCUUGUCACGUUCAACGCCGUUUCCAAUAUUAUUCUGUGA